AGUCAUACAAGGAACACCUUUGUCUGACAUUAAUCACCGCCACUGUCGCCAUUGUCACUUUCCACAAGUUACUUUCUCUCAGACACGGAUUUAGAGGCAAGUCAACACCACCACCAUCAAUGGCUUCAGCGUCGCCGUCAGGAAAGAGUGGUGUUUCGGGGACGCCACACCUCCUGCAGCUGGUGUUCGUGGGCGUGGUGCUGCUUCUGGUCUUUCCCACGCCCACUCCCGCCACGCCCAUUGACCUGACAAGUGUCAUCUCACUCCUGGCAGACAACGUGAUCGAUCGUCUCUUCAGCGAGGGGCAGAUGACCCUCCUGGGGCAUCGCUGCACCUAUAAGAAGCAGCCUCGCAUCUACAGCUGGCAACUACAGUACCAAGCAGAGGUGUUCUGUCCAGGCUGGACUUCCUUGAAUGGUAAAUCUGGUCGAUACCUCAGCUCAAACACAGCACUGAGGGAGGCUACAAAGAACCUGAUGAAACAGGCCGUGGACAAGGGCCUGGUGACCAAGGAGGAGGCUGGGGAAUGGCUUUGACGACCCGGCCACUACUAAUCGUCCCCGGCCACAUUCACCACACCUGUUCGGCCACCACCACCACCACCACACCUGCUGCUCCACACACACAAAUACACAACAGGACAAGAUCAUUAAGAGUUCUUCAUGUCUCCUCUCUGCCAGACACGUUAAGAGCAUUAGCAAAACAAUGAAGACUCAUGAACCAGUUAACAAAGAGUUAAAGUAAUUAUUAAGGUUUGUGAUGUUAUAAAUUCACUUUAGUUAGUUUCUUAUACCAUUGUCCUCAAAAUGUUAAACCAUAGUCCUCAAAAGGUUAAACCAUAGUCCUCAAAAUGUUAAACCAUAGUCCUCAAAAGGUUAAACCAUAGUCCUCAAAAUGUUAAACCAUAGUCCUCAAAAGGUUAAACCAUUUUGUUUAGAUAUGAAAAGAAACAUCAAGUAUUAUUAUUACUUUUAUUACUAUUAUUAUUAUUAUUAUUAUUAUUAUUAUUAUUAUUAUUAUUAUUA